UUUAGUCGUCUUGCAGAUACUCUGCAGGAUCUAUUUUCGACAAAGGCUAGAAAAGAAAUGUGCCAAAGUAUAUAGCGAUGUAGUUAUAUUGUCAAUAUAAUGUCAAUAUAAUGUCAAUAAAAUGUCAGUAUCUAUUAUCUAUCGAACACUAUCGAGCACUAUCGAAGGACAAUCGUUCGGACUCGUCUCAACAAGCUUACUGCUUGAGAAAAUAUCUUCAAGUAUGAAUCUACAAACGAUCGCAGUUUUUAUCGUGACGUGUGUGUCAUGUCAAUAUGCACGAGGGGACAGAAUGAUGCUGUUCGAUUUUACAAAUGCACAAAGUGUGGAUGAUUGGCGAGAGAUAUCCGACACUGUAAGAACUGUGGGGAAAUCCAAAGCAGUUUUAACACUGCAAACAAGUCAGCUUUUUCAGAGAGCGAUCCUCUUCACAUUAUUGAACCCACAACCGAACGGGGCUGGUUUUGCUGGUGUUAGAAAGUCGAUAAAUCUCAACUUGUCGAGUUUUAAGAAUAUCGAGAUCACUUGUCGAGGACAAGGACAAAAUAAUCACUACAAGAUAUCUCUAAGACAUCGUGGACAGAAUUCAAAUCAGGAUCUCAGCUACGAACAAUUUUUCACAGUACCAAUAUCGGACAACGAAUUUUUCACGAUGACAUUACCUUUAAAAGACUUCAAACCUUAUUAUCGUGGACGUGAAAUUCCGGACGGCGAGCCUCUGGACACAGCAAACAUCACUACGUUUGAAUUUCAAAUUUACGGAGGCGUUUAUCUGCCGAUCAAACAACGUGGCGUGUCGGCGUUAGAGAUAGAAUCUGUGACAGUUUCUUAACAUUGUAUUCAUAAUGAAAGAAAUUAAGUGUCUCUCCUGAAACUUUUAUUUUUGAAAAGUAUCAUAUAAAUGCUAUAAGUGACAUGUAUAUCUGGCAUUCCAUAUUUGAAAUAAAUAAUAUAUCUUAUGUCUUUACAAUUCUGUUAAUAAAAUCAAUUCAAAUGUCAA